AGAAUACCUCACAUACUUCCAAAAAUAUUUCAGUCAUUCAGCCGACGUGUUGACGGAAGGGUGCAUGGCGCAGCGCUUGACGUUUCCAAAUGGCGAAGUCGGCAGAGGACGGAGAGGAGGUGUUUGCUGUAGACGACUCAGAAGACAUGCUGGAAUUAGACGUCCUUGUGGGCCAUAUAGAGAACAUUAUUUUAAGUGACGAGUUUGUAGCACUAAGGGAGAGCUUUAUGCAAGAACACUGCCACAAGUUUGAGGAUGCUGAGGAGAACAGGCUGGAAUACACGGACAUUUUCACACAAUACACGAAGUUGAUUGAAGGCCACAUCGAGAGAGAGUUGUCGAGCAGAGAAAAGGGUUUUAACAUGAACGCCUUCCAGGAGUUGAUAAGCAAGAGUGAAGCUGUCGAUGGAGAGGUUUUCGAUCUGCUGUUAACUUUCACGGACUUUUUAUCAUUUAAGGAUGCCAUGUUAGAGGCCAAAAAGAUUAGCAGCAUGGACAAUCGUGAAAGAGACAGACAUAGAAACCGUGCAAGAAUUUGGGAAUCGGGGGCUUCUAAAAGACGCAAAGCUAAAGAAGCAGCUGUAAGAUCUGCAGAAGAUGUGGCAAAGACAAGAAAGUUGGACCAGUUUUUCAUUAUUCAACCAAAGCGAGUGUCAGAAAGGAAUGGUGAAUUAACAGAACCCAAUCAAUCUGAAACUGAAAGUGGUCAUGUGGAAAUGGCUGGUAAAGAAAAUGGUGUAAUAGUAGUAGGUACUGGUUCAACUGAACAAGACGAACGUACCGAAGUGCAGGUGCAGGAUGAUAGUGACACUGACACAUCUUCUGUCGAAAUGGAAUCUGAAGCUGAGGGCCCACCAGGGGGCAAUGACAUUGGACUUUGGCCAUCCAUUAUUUCAGAUCAAAUGCGAGAUUACUGGCUUAAAAUGGGUGUAUCAGCAGUUCAGCAUUGUGAUGAAAAUUUAUUCUCUGCACACUCAGUGAAGCAACCUAGAAAGGACCGCAAUACCCCCAGAAUAUGUACACUUGGGCUAUUUUGUCAUCAGAAUCAUAAUGGAGAAAUUGUAAAUAGGAACUGGUUAUGCUUCUCUCCCUCAAAUGGAUGUGUUUACUGCUUCACAUGCAGGUUGAUGUGCUCAAAUACAGAAAAUUCUGAAGCUUUACUUUCGUCUAAUGGAUUCAGUGAUUGGAAACAUUCACAAGAGCGUCUACAUAGUCAUGAGCAGUCAACAGAACAUUUGACAGCUACGAUUGCUUUCAAUAAGAGGUUAAAAUCAAUUGGGCGAAUUGAUAUGGAACUAACACUAUUUAUGGCGAACAAAGGCCAUGGUGCUCAAGAUAUGUUCAAUGCCUUAAUGGAAUUUUUGAAGAUACAUGGCCUAGAGCUGGAAAACUGCCGUGGGCA